AUGUUUUUUGUAAAUACUCUGAGGGCCCCGUUCUUUGGAAAUCUUAUUGGAAAUUCAUCCAAGAAUUUUGCUGAUAUAGUCAACGCAGGAGAAAUGAUUGAGAUGACGAUCAAAAGUGGGAAGCUAGACGGGGGAGAAUCUAGUCGAAAACCUCCAGCAAGAAGGAAUGAUAAUAAGAUCCUGUACGACAAACAUGUGGUGUCACCUUACCACACUUCUCCAAUACAGUCUCCUUACCCAAAAUGUUUUGACAUCAAUGCUCAAUGUGAGUAUCAUGUGGGGGCAUCAGAGCAUUCAAUUGAAAACUGUCUAGCCUUUAAAAAGUUAGUGCAAAGAUUAAGGCAAAGAAAUGUCAUCAACUUCGGUGAUAACGAGCAGUCUAAUGUGGCUCAGAAUUCACUACCGAACCAUGUAGGGGCAGGGGUUAAUGCUGUUAUUGAAGAAAAAGGGAAUGGAGUUAUAACCAGAGUCAAUGAAGUGAAGUCACCCAUGCAUUGGGUAUGGGGGCAAAUGGUCAAAGUAGGCUGGUUGACCUUUAAUGAUGUGGGGAAUAAGCAUGCUUGCCUCUACCACCGUUGCGAGGAUCAUGUUAUUCAAUAUUGUGAUGAGUUCAAGGCCUUGGUUCAAAGGCUGAUGGAUAGUAAAGACAUGGAAUUUUACAAUGAAGCUAAGAAAGAGAAAGAUGUAGAGAUUUGCACUUCUGAAGGCACAUCCAAGGGACUUUACAAUACUAACUGCCCUUUAGUCAUCACACCGAAAGCCCAGACUAUGGAAAGGUUAAUCCCUAAAGUGGUGAUCACACUUCCAUUGUCAUUUCCUUAUAAGGACAACAAGCAGGUCUCUUGGAGGUAUGGAUGCCAAUUAGAGAAUAUUGAAAGUUCCGAGGCUGCUAAGGAAGAGGUGGAUAAGGUAGGCCACUUUACCAAAAGUGGGAGAUGUUAUUCUCCCAACCAGACCAGAGAGCUUGAGAAAAGAGCGGCUGUUGAUAAAGGGAAAAGGGUUGAGAUAUUGCUGAAAGAUGAUGAGCUAACAAUUAAGGAACCAGUAACCGAGAACGAGGCUGUGGAGUUUUUAAAAUUUUUGAAGCAUAAUGAGUACAACAUCGUCGAACAACUACACAAGUUGCCAGCUCGUAUCUCGAUCCUGGCUCUACUAUUAAGUUCUGAGGCACAUCGAAAUGCCUUGCUGAAAGUCUUGAAUCAGACUUUCGUACCAAAAGAUGUGCCAGUAGAAAAGAUAGAUCGACUUGUUACAAAUAUUCAGGCGUAUAACUUCAUCUCUUUCUCUGAUGACGAGAUCCCAUCCGGAAUGAUGGGCAACCCCAAAGCCCUACAUAUUACCAUCAGGUGCAAGGGACAUGUGUUAUCAUGA